AUGCGUGCCUUCUCAAGCUUCCUUGGCAUAUAUCUCCUGUUGGUUGAAUGUCUUUUCAGCCAGACGUUCUGUGCAGUAUUUCGCCGAGUUAUUUACGACAUCAGCGAUGGUGACAGCAGCUCUGUCGAAGGAAGCUCGGCUAGUUCGAAGUACAGCAAACCGUGUGGCCUGAAAGUGUCUUACAGUCGAAAUUGCUACUUAGAACUUGUUCCCAAUCACGGCUGGAUCGAGAGAUUAUGUCCCGAAGGAACCUUGUUCAGCGAGAAAGACUGUGUCUGCUCCCUGUCACUUUCCGAAGAGUGGCUUAAUAAAAGCGAUCGAAAUCAGUAUAAAGACUAUUUUCAAGAGUCUGGAUCGAAUUCUUGUAACCGGAAGCCAUCAUCUAGCGACGAAACCUAUUUGCAGUUUAUUGAGACCUAUGGUUGGAUAAAAAAAUAUUGCCCCAAAGGAACAACUUAUAUAGAUGAGGACUGCGCAUGCUCGCCUCUGGUUUCUUAUGAAGACAGUGAUGGGUGCGACAGCAGUGAAGAAAAUUGUGUUAUGCCAAACCCUACUCCCUGUCCGAAAAGAAAAAGCAAUAAUUCCAACUUUUAUCUCCAGUUUAUCGCUGGUAAAGGCUGGGUUAAGCGGCCUUGUCCGAAAGGAACUGUUUACAGUGCUAAAGACUGCGCAUGCUCAGUUACAGUUUUCGAUGAAAUCUUUGAUAGUAGUAGCAGCAGUAGUGAAAAAAAAGAGAAAAUGAAAGAAGAAAGCUCAGAGGAAGCUAAAUAUAUCCCUUGUACCAAAAAACGAAGCACUAAUCCUAACUUUUAUUUUCAACAUAUUGAAGGCAUAGGUUGGUUUAGACAGCGUUGUCCUAAACGAACUGCCUACAGCCCCGUUGACUGCGCAUGCACAAUUGAGUUUUCUGAGGAAUACAACAGCGCCAGUAGUAGCAGAAGUAGCGACGACAGCGACGAUAGCGAUGACAGCGACGACAGCGAUGACAGCGACGAUAGCGACGACAGUGAUAACAGCAACGAUAGCGAUGACAGCGAUAAGAGCGACGACAGCGAUAAGAGCGACGACAGCGAUAAGAGCGAUGACAGCGAUAAGAGCGAUGACAGCGAUAAGAGUGACGACAGCGAUAAGAGCGACGACAGCGAUGACAGCGAUAAGAGCGACGACAGCGAUGACAGCGAUAAGAGCGACGACAGCGAUAAGAGUGAUGACAGCGAUAAGAGCGAUGAUAGCGAUAACAGCGAUAAAAGUUCUUUAAGUAUUGUAAGCGACGAUAGCAGUGGUGAAGACAGUGACACUGACGGUUCUGUGCCUUGUACCAAAAGAGCUAGCUACGAUCGAAAAGCUUACUUCCAUUUCGUUAAAGGCAAGGGCUGGACCAAGGUGACCUGUGCUAAAGGAACCACUUUUAAUACCAAAAACUGCUCGUGCAGUCCCCCUAAGUCAGACAGCAGUAGCAGUAGCAGUAGCAGUAGCAGUGAAGAAGAUGAUGCGUUACUUAACUGCCCGAGAAGAGCAGAUGAUGACAGCAGGUUUUAUUUGCAGAUGGUACAAGGCUAUGGAUGGUUGAGACGAGCCUGUACCAAAGGGAAAACUUUUAGCCAAGAAGAUUGCAAAUGUGUAAUUUCAUCAUCAGAAGAAGACAGCAGCAGCAGCAGUAGCAGUAGCAGCAGCAGCAGUGACAGCACAGAGGAUGACUUCCAAAAGGACAGCCAGGCCUCGUGUAGUCGAAAGCCCACAUCUGAUUCGGGAAUUUACUUAAAAUUGGUUUUGGGUAAAGGCUGGGUGCGAGAGAACUGUCCGGAUCGUACGGUGUUUGACGAUGAAAAUUGUCGCUGUUCUUCUAUUUUAUCCGACGAGAGCAGCAGCAGCAGCAGCAGCGAUUGA